GCUUGAAAACAGGGCUUGUGUUUAGAACGGCUUGCAGACAUUGCAACAUUGCCUGUGAGAUGUGAUCUCCCUGCUGCCGAAGUGGCGACUCAGACAGGUUGCUCUGACCCAGGAGACACGUCUGCAUCUCGUAAACAAGGACUGCAGCUCUGAUGGGAGAAUUAAGGCAAACUAUGGGGGUCAUGUCACAGACCAUAUGCCCCAGUUCUUCAGCUGGUUCUGAGGGGGACCUUAAAGCUCCACAUGCCGGGCAGAGGGAGAAGAUGCAGAUGAAGAGGGAGAUUUCCCUCAUCAAUGGGAUUUGCCUCAUCGUGGGCAACAUGAUCGGCUCGGGGAUCUUCGUCUCUCCAAAGGGCGUUCUGAUGUACAGCGGCUCCUUCGGACUCUCCUUGCUCAUCUGGGCCCUCGGAGGCUUGUUCUCUGUGUUUGGAGCUCUUUGCUACGCAGAGCUGGGUACCACCAUCCCUAAAUCUGGAGCCAGCUAUGCCUACAUCCUGGAGGCUUUUGGGGGCUUCCUGGCUUUUAUCCGUUUGUGGACGUCUAUUCUGCUGAUUGAGCCCGCCAGCCAGGCUGCCAUCUCACUGACAUUUGCUUUCUAUCUGGUCGAGGCUCUCUAUCCUACCUGCCAGCCACCGUACGACGCCGUACGACUCCUCGCAGCAGCCUGCCUCUGUAUAUUGAUCUUCAUAAACUGUGCUUAUGUGAAGUGGGGGACUCUGGUCCAGGACAUCUUCACGUACGCAAAACUCAUGGCUCUAUUCCUCAUCAUCAUUGUUGGAAUCCUGAAAAUGGCAGCAGGAGACAUAAAUAGUUUUGAGAGUCCAUUCGAAGGGUCAUCGACAGAGCCUGGAGCCAUAGCUCUGGCUCUCUACUCCGCUCUGUUCUCCUACUCAGGCUGGGAUACGCUCAACUUCGUCACAGAGGAAAUUAAGAACCCUGAGAGGAAUCUCCCCCUGGCCAUUGCCAUCUCUAUGCCCAUCGUGACCAUCAUUUAUCUGCUGACCAACGCUGCAUACUACGUAGUUCUUGACAUGCCGUCCCUGUUGGCCAGCGAUGCUGUUGCUGUGACUUUUGGAAAUGCAGUACUUGGUCCGUUUCACUGGAUUGUCCCCGUGUCCGUGGCCAUGUCCUGCUAUGGAGGACUCAACGCUUCUGUCAUUGCUGCUUCACGGCUGUUCUUUGUUGGAGCUAGGGAGGGCCACCUCCCCGACAGUCUGAGCCUGAUCCACCUGAACCGGUACACACCAGUACCUGCUCUGCUCUUCAAUGGACUCAUGGGUUUGAUCUUCCUGUGUGUGGAGGACGUGUUCCAACUCAUUAACUACUUCAGCUUCAGUUACUGGCUCUAUGUUGGUCUCUCUGUUGCUGGCCUCAUCUACCUGCGCAUCAACCAGCCGGACAGGCACAGACCAGUCAAGCUCAGCUUGUUCUUCCCCAUCGUCUACUGCAUGUGCAGCCUCUUCCUGGUCAUCGUCCCUCUGUAUGGAGACACCAUCAACUCUCUCAUAGGGAUCAGCAUCGCUCUGUCUGGAGUGCCAGUUUAUUAUGUCACCAUUUAUCUACCGGAGGACAGGAAGCCCCGAUUCAUACGCAAACUCAACGAUCUUAUUACCAAAUACACCCAGAUGUUGCUCUACUGCUGCCUGACUGAGUUUGAUGCUGAGGCCGAAACGCUUCCAGGCACUAAAACGCAGUGAGAUGUGGACAGACUCGUCCGUCCAUCCAGCUGUUUUCCAGGACCUGGAAUCCAGAGGUCUGUGUGGAACAGAGCAGACCGAGAACAGAGCAGCAGAACGGCACCGAUGGAAAGAGUUUCUAUCAAACCGAGAGAAAAAAAACGCUCAACAUCUGAGAAGGAGUAACUUCUAACUUCUUAUUUUCUUCUUUUGGAUGUUCUGUGUUUAUCUUCUGUGAGGAUAAAACAACAAAAAAACAUUUGAAACUAAAGUCUAAGAAAGUUUAGACUUUUUUCAGCAACAACCUAUCAGAGUGUUUUAUUUUACCAUUUUAAAGCUUAUGGAAUACU